GCUGCCGCCGCCGCUGCACCCCGAGCUGGAGGAGGGAGAAGCCAGGAAGAAAAUGGCGGCCGUGGCUGCAGAGGCGGCAGCGACUGCAGCGUCCCCCGGGGAGGGGGGCGCCGGCGAGGCCGAGCCGGAGAUGGAGCCCAUCCCCGGCAGCGAGGCCGGCACUGACCCCCUCCCGGUCACGGCGACGGAAGCAUCUGUGCCGGACGGCGAGCCCGACGGGCAGCAGUCUUCUCCUCAGGCCGACGAGCCGCCGCUCCCGCCGCCACCGCCGCCGCCGGGGGAGCUCGCCCGCAGCCCGGAGGCGGCGGGGCCGGAACUGGAGGCUGAGGAGAAGCUGCCCGUCCGGGUACCGGAGCCGGCGGCAGCCGCGCCUCAGGAAACACCCGACCUUCCACCUUCCCCUGCACCACCGCCCGAGCAGCCCCCAGCUCCCGAGGAGCGCCAGGAACCGCCGCUGCCCCAGCCCGCAGCCCCGGCGCUCGUGCCGCCGGCGGGCGGGGACUCCGCGGUGUCGCAGCUGAUUCCCGGCUCGGAGGUGCGGGUCACGCUGGACCACAUCAUUGAGGACGCGCUCGUCGUGUCGUUCCGUCUAGGGGAGAAGCUCUUCUCCGGCGUCCUUAUGGAUCUGUCCAAAAGGUUUGGGCCCCAUGGGAUCCCUGUGACGGUGUUUCCCAAAAGGGAAUAUAAGGAGAAACCUGAAGCCAUGCAGCUCCAAAGUAAUACAUUCCGAGAAGGGACAGAAGUCAAGCGUGAAGUGAAUGGUGCUGUUCCCACUGACCCUUCUCCCAUCUCGCCUCCCGAGCCGGGCUUGGCUGAAAGCCUGUGGACUUCCAAACCACCGCCUCUCUUCCAUGAAGGAGCACCUUACCCUCCCCCUUUGUUUAUCAGGGACACCUAUAACCAGUCAAUACCUCAGCCACCACCUCGGAAAAUUAAGCGACCCAAACGAAAAAUGUACAGGGAAGAACCUACUUCAAUAAUGAAUGCUAUUAAACUGCGACCCAGGCAAGUCCUGUGUGACAAAUGUAAAAACAGUGUUGUUGCGGAGAAAAAGGAAAUUAGAAAAGGUAGUAGUGCAAGUGACUCUUCUAAAUAUGAAGAUAAAAAACGGAAAAAUGAAAGUGUAACUACUGUGAACAAAAAACUGAAAACUGACCAUAAAGUGGAUGGGAAAAACCAAAACGAAAGCCAGAAAAGAAAUGCUGUGGUGAAGGUUUCCAGUAUUGCUCACAGCAGAGGCAGAGUAGUCAAAGUUUCUGCUCAGGCAAAUACAUCAAAAGCUCAGUUAAGUACUAAAAAAGUGCUCCAGAGUAAGAACAUGGAUCAUGCAAAAGCUCGGGAAGUGUUGAAAAUUGCCAAAGAAAAGGCACAAAAGAAGCAAAGUGAAACCUCUACAUCCAAAAAUGCACAUUCAAAGGUCCAUUUCACACGUCGCUAUCAGAGUCCUAGCUCAGGUUCCCUUCCACCCCGGGUUCGUUUAAAACCACAAAGGUACAGGAAUGAAGAAAAUGACUCUUCUUUGAAGACAGGACUUGAGAAAAUGCGGAGUGGCAAGAUGGCACCCAAGCCCCAGUCUCGCUGCACCUCUACCCGCUCAGCAGGUGAGGCCCCUUCAGAAAAUCAGAGUCCCUCAAAAGGCCCUGAAGAGGCCAGCAGUGAGGUUCAGGACACCAGUGAAGUGCUUGUGCCUGGUGAGCAGGAUGAACCACAGACACUGGGCAAAAAGGGCAGCAAAAGCAAUAUCUCUGUUUACAUGACCCUAAAUCAAAAGAAAUCUGACUCUUCCAGUGCUUCAGUGUGUAGCAUUGAUAGCACAGAUGAUUUGAAAUCCUCCAACUCUGAGUGUAGUUCUUCCGAAAGCUUUGAUUUUCCUCCAGGCAGUAUGCAUGCACCUUCCACCUCCUCCACUUCCUCCUCUUCAAAGGAAGAGAAAAAGCUCAGUAAUUCCUUGAAAAUGAAAGUCUUUUCCAAAAACGUCUCUAAAUGCGUCACACCAGAUGGCAGGACCAUAUGUGUAGGGGACAUUGUUUGGGCCAAGAUCUAUGGCUUCCCUUGGUGGCCAGCCCGUAUUCUCACUAUAACUGUGAGCCGGAAAGAUAACGGCCUUUUAGUCCGACAGGAGGCCCGCAUUUCGUGGUUUGGGUCUCCAACAACCUCUUUUCUUGCUCUUUCGCAACUCUCCCCCUUUUUAGAAAACUUCCAGUCACGCUUUAAUAAGAAGAGAAAGGGCCUAUACCGCAAGGCCAUCACAGAGGCGGCUAAGGCUGCCAAGCAGCUGACCCCUGAAGUGCGGGCUCUGUUGACACAGUUUGAAACGUGAACAUGGACAGUAAGCACAAAGACAUUAGCAGGCUGCUGGUUUCACGGACACGUCCCACAAUGACCCCACACCAGAGCAUCAGGACUGAAUGACAUUGGAGACUCAGAUUUUUAAAGCUGCACUAAGAAGUAAAUGUUAAGGCAGUGGUUAAAACCGAAGUCUAUAAAGGGGCACUUGCAAACUGUGCUGUAUUAAACCGAAGAAAAGGUGUUAGGAGAAUAUUUUAUAAAAAAUAAACUAUUGCAAUAAAUUAUGCAUGAGAGGAGGAGAAAAGUGAUAUGAAACACGCAAAGAACUCACUUGAAUUUUAUAUGUAUGAAGAAUCACUGACCGUAACUUUUUCUGAAUGUGAAGUUCUUUUCAGUACAGUUUGGACAGGCCUAAAACAUGGGAUGAUGACAGAGACGCUGAAUUAUUUUUUAAACUAAAACUGUGUUUUCUCCAAGGUUUUGUUAAUCAGUUCAGAUAUGAGCAAAGGCAUUUCUAAGAUGGCUCUCCUGUGACACAGCAAGAGUCAUAGCUGCCCAGGCUAGGCCAAGGUCUCCUUCAGGGUACCAGUGGAAACAACAGGAAGGAUUCUCUAACAUCCUACUAAAAGGAUGGCAAAGUGCCCCACCCCACCCCGCAAAGAGAAUUUGGAUCUUUUCUUUCUUCAAUAAAACAGGGCUGUAUUAUCUUGAAUAUAUGUUUGCUUGUUAGAACAUAUUAAGAUGUAUUUAUUUGCCACGAGUAUUUAACGUUUUGUGCACAUUUUCAUAACUGCAUUCUUACCUUUUAAAUUCUGACUCAAAGUGGAUAGGCUAGUGUUGACCUUAGAGUGAAAAUUUUUACUCUAAGAGCUACUUCUUAAUUCUACUGAGGUGGAAAGGCUUUUUCCCUGAAUUUUGAUGUGGACCUCUCUCAUGGAGAGCCCCUUCUAAGUGCAAGAUAUUCUCCCAGGUGUCAGGUGGGACUUGACCCUGGGAACAAGCAGGAGGAACAGACCCAUAAAGAGCUUUCAUGCAUGGAACAUGAAUUCUUACUAAUGGAGACCAUGUUUUUCUUGUCUUUGGAAAAUACAUAUUAUGAAAAACCUUAAUUUUUCUUUUUAAUGAAUGGAGAAAACUUUCAUGAGAAAACCAGAAGGACCUAUUAGUACUACAUUUUUAAGGCAUUUUAUAUUUGAUGGUGCAGUACUUUUAAUAAUAAAACUGAAGUUUUUUAGUGGCAAUACUGAUUUAUUUUUUAAACCAGAAAGAUAAUCCAUAUUGCUUACUUAAUACAAAAAAAGGGGGAAAAAUGCCAAAAAAUAAAAUACAAAAUUCAUCUGAAGCAACGUAACAGAUAACUGAGCAUUUGGCUCAAGUGUUUAAACUUUCCAUAAUCUUACUGUAUAGGUUUGGGAUUUCUUAAUAACCCCACGCUCAGGAUUAAGAAAAGGUUCUGAGUGAGAGCUGGAGAGCAUUUGAUAUAUCUGACUAGGACUUGUUUUAUAACUCAAGAAGAAAAGGAAGACAGUCUUCGAGUGAGCUUAAUAUAAAUUCUAAUUGCACUGCAAGUAAUUAAAAGUUUGGAGCGCAUUCUAAAGUCUUUUUGGAAAUCGUCAUGAAGUCAUUAUACACAUUUGAUCAAAUCUGAAAAAGUCAGCUCAGGACCUGGAGCAGCAGGGAGCUCUAAAGAUUAUGUGUGCCUCCAUGGCCCCCUCUUCUUCCCGGCCCUAGCGCUUAGGCUGGGGUCCAUCUUGUUCUUUCUGAGAUUGAACACCAGCAGUACCUUUCAGGCUCACUUCAAGAACCAGAUAACUCCACGCCAUGGCGGACUGUACAAUACUUUGCGCAGAGUGAUGGAAAUGACCAAGAAAUAAUACAAUGGCAAAAUCUGAUCUCUCCCAAUUCUUUUAAGUAUCUAUUUUUUCUUAUGACAAAAUUCUCAAAGGUGUUUUGUUAUAAACCACAUUUUCAUUUUUUAAUAAAUGAAAUUUGGUGGUACUUAAAAUCUAGACAUACCAUGUUGCUAUUUCACUUUUCAUUGCUUUAGUUGCUUAAUAUUUAAGCUUUGCUUCAUGCUACCUUUGUCUGUAUUUCAAAUCUUCACAAGCCUAUUUCAUUUUGUAGACUUGAAUGACAAAAGUUGUUUCUCAUCUAAAGUAUGCUAAGACUUAAAUGUUAAAGAAUGUUGUGUAACAUUUAUCCAAUAAAGUCUUGAUUUUUUAAAAUUUA